AUGUCCAACCGCGAACCAGCAACGGCCCCCGCCCGACCCCACCCCAAGGUCAUCAUCGACUACCGCUACUCCCCCGAGAUCAUGGACACGAUCGUCGACAGCGCCGACCGAGGCGCGCUGCUCGCCCUCCGCGCCACCAGCAAGGAGUACCAAGACCGCGCGGACGCCAAGCUGUUCAGGCACAUCAGCCUCGGCAUGACGGUCAACAAGCACAUCCGGCUGCGCGACCCCUGCGACCGCAAAUUGCCGCUGCGUGUUCGUGAGAACAUGGCUCAGCACUGGAGCCUCUACGCCCCCCAGGUGAAGCAUUUCAAGGUCAUCGACACGGCGCAUGGCUUCUCGUGUCCGGAGCGGCUGAAUCUGCCACCGGUCGAGUAUUCGCGUGUUCACAACGGCGCCCAUCCAGGUCAUUCUUUCGGCGUUGCAUUUGAGCCCGUCUCCGACAAGUUGGUGGUGUUUUGCCGCUGCUUCCCAAUGCAGGUGUCUCUGAAGAGGAUGGUGAUGAAUGCUGGGCCCAGCAGCAUGGGACUCGCUGCCGGUCUCAAGGUCGUCAUCCACCUUCUGCCUGGCAGCUUUGAUUUCUACGCGCGCGACACCUUCGUAGCGACAUGGGCCAAGGUUCCCGACCUCGUUAUCAUUACAGCAAGCUCCGCGCUGUCUACCAGUGACGCUUGGGUCCACCUUGGACACCACCUCGCUCGGCUUCUGAGAGUGGUUCGCAGGCGCAACGUCCCCAUCCAGACGAUUACCGCCCGCCGCUACGAAUCCGACGCGGCGUGCAACGCACCCGGUUGGCCUGAGGUCGACGAUGUCCUUGACCCCGAGUUUUGGCGCUCAAAUCCCACCACCCCCGCUCUAUCAACCUACCAUGAGGCCCAACUUGGCCAGAUAACCAAGACCCUCCGCCAGUUCAACGUCAAGUGUGUCACGAUGAGCCAGUACAAGGCGACCCUAACUCCCGAGCAAGCUGCUGCUGAACUGGUGGCCAACAGCCUGCUUCUGAGCUAG